GCUGCUUGACGCAGCUCGUCACAGACCACCAGGCGCACCGGCAGCCCCCGUCUCUGCUGACUCAGUGCCUUACCAGCAGUCCCUUCACCCCGAGAUAACAUCCAGCAACUGACGCACACUCCUCCGGUCCAGGUACUACCGUACAGAAAUGGCUAAGACCGCGAUCGCUUACAAAGAGAAGAUGAAGGAGAUUUCAGUUCUCUCGCUCAUCUGCUCCUGUCUGUAUCCCGAGAGCCGCAAAAAUAUCAUGGGCGACUAUGAAGAUAUGGACAUAAAGCCCAUUAACAAGCGUGCCUCAGGCCAGGCCUUCGAGGUCAUCCUGAAGCCGACCUCCCCUGUAUCUGAAGUGGCCCACUGCAUCACCAGUCCCCCAAAGAGGGACAUUUCCCUGGAGGAUAUCCAAAAGAAGCUGGAGGCAGCUGAGGACCGAAGACGGUGCCAGGAGGCGCAGGUGCUUCGUACCUUGGCUGAGAAGCGGGAGCACGAGCGCGACGUGCUGAUGAAGGCCAUGGAGGAGAACAGCAACUUCAGCCGCAUGGCUGAAGAGAAGCUCCAGAUGAAAAUGGAGCAAAUCGAGGAGAACCGGAUGGCUUACCUGGCUGCCAUGAUGGAGCGCCUGCUGGAGAAGGAGAAGCAUGCACAGGAGGUGCGCAGGAACAAGGAAUUGAGAGAAGCACUGACAGCGUGAGAAACCCCAACUGGUUCCAUGUCCCACCUCCACACCCUCCACCGCCUUCCCCAGCCCUGAGGAACGCCCCACCCCGCUCCCUUCCCCACCCGUAUCCCACAUUUCCCCACCUCUCCACCCCCACCGCCAUACUCCCCCUACACUAGUACAAACCACCACAGCCUGAGGUGCCACCCCGACACAGCGGGAGCUUCAAACGGAGUUGGGGGUGGGAAAAAUGCAAAAAUGCUUAAAAACAAAAGAAAGAUCAAUGUAUCCUGUCCACUCUUCCCAAAAAAAAAAAUGUUUUCGCUCCGUUUCAAAUGAGAGGAAAAGAAAAAAAAAUCAAAUUGACAAGUGACAGUGGUUUUUGUAAAUACUUCCUUUUUUUGUUAUAUACAGUACGAUACAAGCAGCAAAAGUAUUGAUUGCAGUGUGCCAUUUUUAUAUAUAAGUUUCUUCUCCUUGCAUAUAUGGAUGUAAUAAUUUGUUCAUUUUCAUGUUUAGUUUUUUUUUGUUCAUUUCAGCCUGAGAAUGUUUUCUUUUUUAGAUUUCUCUUGUGUGAUUACAGGCUUAGGUGUUUGUUGUGAGUUUGCCAGCUAGCUGAUGGUUCGCGGUGACUGCUUGCGUCCUCACACGGCCUGCAUCCUGGCUCCGUUCCCUCCACCCCUGCAAGCCGCUUACUCAUCUGAACCAGCAGAUCUACGAGGCAAAAUUAGAUAGUUUUGGCAAGAGUGAUUUUCCAUCCGGUUUAUGCCAGUAUUCAAUUAGUGAGGAGCAAGUGCAGGAAAGCUGACAGAGGGCAAAGGGGGACAGUUUUGCGUUCAUGUGAGGACCGCAAGCCGUCGUCGCACAUCCACUCCUGUGAGGUAGGUAGUGACUGUACCACAGGAGGCCACUUUAGCAUUUAAUGAGCCCAUCCUCAUCCUUCUUCCUUCCGUCUGCAAACUCUUCAUCUCUCCACAUACAACAUAUAUAUAUAUAUAUAUCUACAGUAAAAGCACUCACUCACAUGCUCUCCACACAAGCAACCACAGAGCUCAGGCAGAGCGUGCUAAUUUCUGUCCAUCUGGCACCGGAAAGCUCAUCCCUGACAAAUGGCGGGCCUCUUAUAUUCCUCUGAAAACAGGCUUCCAGUCACAUUAAAAUCACAUGUUACUGUAACGUACGACACCACUGGGGACAAAGUGCAUCCUGAGAAUGCUGAAGUGCAAAAACAAAAUAAUAAUAAUAAUAAUAAAACCUGCUACUGUGAAGCUUAAGUUGGAGAAAAAAACAAAAUAAAUCUCAGUUUUCUCCAUUUCACAAAGGCUAGAGUAGUCCGCGACAUCACCAUCACCUACUGGGAACCAUCGCACUUCACUCCAAGACACUUUAAAUGCCACUGUAAGGUCAGCACAAGAAAGACUUCUAAGCCAUAAAGACAGGCAUCACUGCAGCAGCGAUUCAUGAACACAGUAUUUCCAUCUGUAAAGGUGUAUAUGAGUGUGAUAACGUAUCCGAAUGGUUUGUAACCAGGGGUGUUGAAGCCUGAGGUUGAACCCUGUUGGUCACGCACGCACAGUUGGCCCAUAGAUGUGUGUGAGUGUGUGUGUGUGUGUGUGUGAGUGUGUGUGUAUUUCAGAAACGGCGGGUAGAUAAACCAAUCCUUGUGCCAUGUGAUAUUGAUCCGGUUAAAUAUAAAUAAACACCAUUACAGUCAGAAGUUCAGCACAGACAGCGACUCUCCUACCUGCCUCUCUCACUCUCUCUCUUUGUCUCCUCUCUCCAUUUGUGUGUUUCCCCCUCUCCACAUAUAUCUUUGUGAGCAAGCAGUGGUUAAUAAAGAUUUGGGGUUCAGUGAAUGAAA